AUGCCCUGUCCCAACAUAUCACCAGGACAGUCUGCGAACUCCAAUUUCAAUAACCUCAUACUCCAGGAACAUUAUAUACAACAUGUGCCCCGCAUCAACAUCCAUUACGCCAAGGCACAUAGCGAGAAUAAUGUCAAUCUUGAUGGAGGCACGUGUAGGUACAUGUAUAUACCUACAUACAUUAACAUAAGUACUCCGCUACUGAGCCCCAGCAAUAAAGCCGAGUACCCCGAAACACAAUUGAAUUGUGUUUCCAAGCAGCCACCCAUACCCGUGACACAAAGGUGCACUUGCACUUUAGAGAAUGAGAGGGCAAAUACCCGCACAUAUCUCACUCACUUUCUUCCUCGUGUUCUUUUGAAAAGGCUUCUCACUCACGCUGGGCUAGUAGUAGAGGAAUUAGAUUUGGAUGAGAGAUCUAUUAUUUGA